AUGGGCGCCACAACCCAGAUUGGCUACGAGGUCGAAGAGGUGGUGCUACAGCGCUGGCUGACAAAACACUUUGGUCCUCAAUUCAACUCGAGAGGGGCGAUGGUGUGGACAUACAGCUCAGAAUUGAGGGAGAGCACCAGUUGGUGGAUUGUCACCGGGCCACGUCUCAUCGACCAGGAUGAGCAGCACAGAAUGAUCCAGGCCUCAGUGCCACAGCCUGCUCUACCCUUUGGGCCUAGAAGGUGA